GGACAUCCAAGCUCCCUCAGGAACCAGCUCGACUCUUGACGUCCGGUGGCAGUUGGCCGCCCGAUACAUGACAUCCGCCCUUUUCCUUCCCAUGUCCUAAGAUCGGGGUCUCUCUCCAACCCCACUCACCCUCACUAAAAGAUGAACCCUCACAUAUCCGUCCCCCGCCAACAUGCCAGCCCGUCCAGCUUCGGCGGCACCACCCCAGCCAGCCGCGGAUCUAGUAUCCGGAUGCCGCGAUUCUUCAAGAGGCUGUUCAAGUUCCCGCAGAUGGACUUCGAGAUGGCCAUCUGGGAGAUGACAUCGCUGUUGAUUGCACCCAAGAAGGUCUUCAAAUCAAUCUACUACCAUGUAAAAACGAAAAACACCUGGCACCGUCCUGACCCCUCGUUCGCCUACCUCCUCUCCUUCUUCCUCCUGCUCACAGCCCUCGCCUGGGGUCUCGCCUAUGCGCCCUCCUUCGGAGCCAUCGUCCGGCUCUCUCUACUCUUCAUCUUCCUCCACUUCAUCGGCUCGUCUCUUCUGGUCUCCACUGUCGGAUACUUUGUGAUCCCGCGGCUGUUUGGUCCCGAUGGCAUGGCCGCAUCCCUGACAGGUUUCAGAGGCGGUCGCGGACGGAGACGCGGCGCGGCGCAAGGCCUCUUCACGCAACCGGGAGAAAAGGACCAGUUGGAGUUUGGAUACUGUUUCGAUGUCUCGAAUCGGGCGUUUUUCCCAUUGUAUCUACAUCUCUACGUCGUCCAAUUCCUGCUCCUCCCGCUUCUCACGCGCAGCCCGAGCAACUUCCUCGCCACCUUCCUUGGAAACACCCUUUACCUCUCCGCGCUGACGUACUACACUUACAUCACUUUCCUCGGAUACAAUGCGCUUCCAUUCCUACACAACACGGAACUCCUCUUGCUCCCGAUCCUGGCGUUCGCGGUCCUGUGGCUGGUCAGUCUGAUUGCAGGAUGGGGGGUCGUGAUGCAAGGAGGGGGAGUGGAAGGUCUUUUCUGGGGCGCAUGAUCCCCUCCGCAGCAUAGCAUUUUCGAGCGGCGUUCGAACAUGCCAAUCACAGUGUUCCUGCUCCUAUCAUUCUCCCCUAUGAUGGACCCGCAGUCCAGGUUUCUUCCUUUUCCGUUUCGUUCUGGCGCCGGUGUAUAUGGUGAUCUUUUGGUAUGAAUCAUAUGUUGUGUCUGUUAAGGGAAUCGGGUUCAAGGAGCAUAAUGUCGUUGCAUCCGGGGUUACUGUUCAUCGCUUCUACACGCUGCCAUCGAGCUCGGGCAGGCGACAAAGACAGUGUCGUAUAUUGUACAGCAUAGCUGGUUAUAUAGCUUCUAUACAUAUCUCCAUAUCCA